GCUAGCGGAAUAAUGCUUCCGGGUUGGAUCCUUCAAAAUAAAAUCCCUCAUGGGAACAUUGAAAUUUCAUUAAAUCGGUGACCAUACAAGAUCUGGUGUUAUGAGACUCCAGUUCUAGAAGACUUGUGAAUAAACACAGCCCUCUUGGCACACACUGAUUUGAAUCGGCAUUGUUUUCACAUCAUUUUAAUUCAAUUACUUUGAACCAACAUGGAAUAGACCUUGAAUUGACGUCUGUGCCCAGCGGGAGGAGAGACACAUCAAACUUGUGACGGCUCCAUACAAUACCCAGGUUUAUUUAUUAUUGCUGUUUUUUUUUAACCAAGAAACAUUCUAACUCGACAGACAAUAUGAGUCAAAAGAAGGGAACAUUGAUGGAUGAAAUCGAAAAGAGUUUAUGGAAUUUAACUGAGGACAAUUUACGCUCCCUUUGUGAACGUUAUGGCCAAGAUGCAUCCGAAGUUAAAGGAAUGGAUCACCGCUCGUUGCGGCGUAAAAUCAUGGAGGAAAUGUGGGACAAUACGGAUUCAAUGAAAUCAGAGGAGCAGGGAACGUCUUGGUUAGUCCAACUGAAAGAGGACAUCAGAAGGAUACUGGAGGAUGCUAGUGGUGAACCCGUGAGUCCCAGCCAAUCAGAUGAAGAAUGGAACGGAGAGGGAGGGGCUGGGUUACCUAGCAACAGGUUGGAGGUGGAACCCGUGAGUCCCAGCCAAUCGGAUGAAGAUGAUCCUGUAGACUGCGAUGAAGAAUGGAACGGAGAGGGAGGGGCUGGGUUACCUAGCAACAGGUUGGAGGUGGAACCCAUGAGUCCCAGCCAAUCGGAUGAUGAUAAUGACGCUGCAGACUGUGACGCAGGGGACACGGAUUGGUUGCCUAGCAAUGGGCUGGAGGCAGAGUCCACGAGUCCCAGCCAGUCCGGUGAUUGUGAUGCUGCAGACUGCGAUGAAGAAUUGGACAGGGAGGUCAGGGAAGGGCUGGAGGUGGAGUUAUCUCCAGAGAAGCAUACACCAGAGCAGAAGGACAAGCGUGGCCCACCGAAGACCCUGUGUCGUGCCUCUCCCGGUACCGCCUUAAUUUGGGGUCUGAAGAGGGUGUCUGUGCAGCUGAUGGACUGCAGGAAAACACCGGGGCAGAAAACCUCCAAGAAAACCCACUCCUGUGCUCAGUGUGGGAAGAGUUUUGCCACAAAAGACAUUCUGGAGCGACAUCUGCUAACUCACACUGGAGAGAAACAGAAGAAUAUAUGCGCUGAAUGUGGAAAAGUAUUCAGUACAUUUUCCAGCCUUACCAGACAUCUGAAAACUCACACUGGAGAGAAAUGUCAUGUUUCUGAAACCACAUGCUCUGAAUGCGGAAAGACAUUCAGUACACAUUCCAGUCUUAGGAGACAUCUGCUAACUCACACUGGAGAGAAACCGUACGUUUGCCCUCGUUGUAAGAAAGGUUUCAAUGAUCCAGGAAACUUGAAGAAACACAUCAGGAGAGCUCACCCAGGAGAGAAGUUGGGUGUGGAGAGGCUCUACCGUGAACCGUGUCCUCAAUGUGGGGGGAAGUUUCCCACAAAGAAGGCUUUGGAGGAGCACCUGGUAACCCACACAGGAGAGAAACCUCACCAGUGCUCUGACUGCGGGAAGGGAUUCAAGGAAUUGUCUAGUCUUAAGAGGCAUCUGAGAACUCAUACUGGGGAGAAACCAUACAUUUGCCCUCGUUGUGGCAAGCCUUUUAAUGAUCCAGGAAACUUGAAGAAACACAUGAAAAGAACUCACUCCGGAGAACAUUCCAAAGAGAAACCUUCCAAAAACAAUGUUGGUUCUUCAGAACAGGAGACCGUAAAGAAGUCAGCCCUUCAUCCAUGUUCUCACUGUGGGAAGAAGUUGUCAACCAAGACAAGACUAAAGAUUCACCUGAAGACCCACACUGUAGAGAAAUCUCACAUCUGUCCCGACUGCGGGAAGAGCUUUGCUUUCCGUCCCUCCUUGACCAAACAUCAGAAACUUAGUCAUUCAGAGCACGGAGGAGUGAAACGGCACGAAUGUUCAGUCUGUGGGAAAGUCUUUAAUCAACCAGGAGCCUUGAGGUCCCAUCAAAGAACCCACACUGGAGAGAAACCUCACCUCUGUGCUGACUGUGGGAAGAGUUUCUCUUUUCAGUCGUCUCUGAAAAGACAUCAGGCACUUCACGCAGCAGGUAGUGCGAAGCCCCACAUGUGCUCUGUCUGUGGGAAAGGCUUUAGAGAUUCUGGAUACUUAAUAAAACAUCAAGCCAUCCAUUCGGAAGAGAAACCUCACCUCUGUUCUGAUUGUGGAAAGACUUUUGCAUCCUUAUUUACCUUAACGAAUCAUUCCAAAUUGCAUCGUUUAAACAGAGACCAAUUCCAAUGCCCUGAAUGCAAACGCCAUUUCCCAACAAAGGAAAGGCUGACAAGCCACCAGAGAACGCAUACCGGGGAGAAACCAUUUCGCUGCUCCCAAUGCCACAAACGCUUCUCUCACUCAAGUAGUUAUCAAAGGCACCUUCGUAUGCACACUGGGGAGAAACCCUUCAUUUGCCCCCUUUGCGGGAAGCAAUUUAACGACUCUUCGAAUCUUAGAACACAUGUUAGAAGACAUAAAGGAGAGAAGGUAGGCAAGACACAGGUCUCUGAGCCAUGCCCUCAAUGUGGGAAGAGGCUGGCUUCUAAGGCAGGGUUAGAGACUCACCUGCGGACCCACACUGGAGAGAAACCUCACCUCUGCGCCGACUGCGGCAAGAGCUUCGGCUUCCACUCAGCUUUGAGAAGACAUCAGAAAACGCAGCACGGAGAGCAAGUAGCGAAGCCGCACGUCUGCUCUGUCUGUGGAAAAGGUUUCAUGGAAUCUGGAGCGCUGAAGAAACAUGUGGUGACCCACGAGGAGAAACAGCACCUCUGUCCCGACUGCGGGAAGACCUUCAGGGUGGUUCAGGCCUUGUCAAAUCAUCAGAGAACCAAGCAUCAAAAAACGAACAAGGAAGUAAGAGAGAAGAAUCCGUUCUUGUGCCUUACUUGCGGCCAGGAAUUCAAUUCAAAGCAUAGAUUGGUAAUCCACGAGCGAAAGCACACAGGAGAGAAGCCUUACCAAUGCUCCCAUUGCGACAAAUGCUUCACUGAGAAGUCAUACAUGAAACGUCACCAAACGGUGCACACGGGAGAUAAACCUUUCCAGUGCUCCGUCUGCGACAUGAAGUUUUCGCAUGGUGCAUCUUUAAUACGGCACCGCCUAAUACACUCAGGUGAGAAACCGUACCACUGCACUUACUGCGACAAGAGUUUCUCUCAGUCAAAUACGCUGAAAACACACAUACUAACGCACACCGGAGAGAAACCGUACCAGUGCCCCGACUGCGGGAAGCGUUUCACUGAAAAGAAAGCCAUGAAGAAACACCAGCGCAACACACACGGGUCAGGGGCACACAGCAACACACACGGAACAGAGACACACAGCAACACACACGGGUCAGGGGCACACAACUCUGCUUUCUCUUUGCCUGGUAAAAAACUGAGAUUGAGUCAAGACGGGAGCCCUCGAGCAAAGCCGUACCAAUGCCCUGACUGUGGCAAGUGUUUCUCAGAGAAAAGAGCUCUUACGAAACACCAGAAGACACACAGGAGAGACAGCGCCCCCUAUUGGUCCGGUAUACUGCAGCGAUGGAGUCAAGACCCGCAACACUCUAAUACUGACUCAGACUCUGACCAAGACCAAGACUGGACCUCUUUAUAAAGACUCAGACCAAGACAGGACCUCUUUAUAAAGACUCAGACCAAGACUGGACCUCUUUAUGAAGACUCAGACCAAGACAGGACCUCUUUAUAAAGACUCAGACCAAGACAGGACCUCUUUAUAAAGACUCAGACCAAGACAGGACCUCUUUAUAAAAGACUCAGACCAAGACAGGACCUCUUUAUAAAGACUCAGACCAAGACAGGACCUCUUUAUAAAAGACUCAGACCAAGACAGGACCUCUUUAUAAAGACUCCGACCAAGACAGAAGAGACUCAGAUCUCUUUUUAAAGACUCAGACCAAGACAGGAGAGACUCAGAUCUCUUUAUAAAGACUCAGACAGGGCUUCAGUAUUGACCCCCAGUCAGAUGAGCCCAGGACCUCGUUUAAACAGGGCAGAUAGGAUUGUGUCUUGUUUUGGCAAACAGUUCUUCAGGCUUUUCCCCUUCACACUAUGUCAACCUUCAAUAUGCGAAUUCUGCUUUAAUUAAAGCAAUUUUGUUUUGUUGUAUUGAGACUUUUCUCAAUUAUAUAACAUAAUAUAUAUAUUUUUUUUAAAGAGUAAUUGCACCAAGAGCAUGAGAAGAUCAUUCUUUCAACCAAAGAUAAUUUGGUUGAAAACACCAAGAUGAUGAGAUCAACACCAUCUUCGGUAUAAACAAGCUGAGGGAUGGGAAUGGGGGGGACAACAACCUCGAAUUCAUA